GAUAUGUAAAUUGCACGCAGUGAUGUAAUUGGACGUCAAGCAGUUGCUAAAACGUAUGUUUUUAUCUUUAAUGUGUACCUUUGCAGUUGAGGAAGUGAAGGCGAUUGUGUCAUAGAAGUGAAGAGAUAUAUGUAUGAAACAUGGAUUUAGCGGAAAUCGACCGUAACGCACCUGCAAAGUUACAAGCGAUUCAACAAUUAUGUUCAAGAAAUGAACAAUUGGAAUAUGAAAGGAAUAGUAUCCUGCGGCCUACCCCUAUUGGCCCAUUCCUCGGAGAGUUAUUGUCAGCUACUGAAUAUAUACACGUUGGUUGGCUAUUUUCACCUGCUGGAAAGAAUAUCUGUGGAGAACUUUCUCUUGCAUUGGAUGACCGGACACCUGGAUGGCAGGAUCUGGCCACAGAACUUGGAAUAAGUCUUAAGCUGGUUAUGGCUAUAAGGCAUGAUUAUAAAUUGCCAGAAGGACCAACAUAUACUAUUCUUUGUAUUUAUGCACGUCGGGAUGGUGCUACAAUUAGAAAAGUGUUGGAAGCACUUCAUUCUAUAAAACGUUAUGAUGUUUUGCUUGAGCUGAAGGAGUACAUUAUUGGAGAGAAAGGUCUGAUUAAACUACUACAAUCAGAAGCUGAGAGGUGGAAUGAACUUCACAAGAUUCCCAGUGAUGCUCACAGUUUCUUCAGUAAACCACAAUUACCACCUCUUCAAAUUAAAUAUGAGAUAUUCAGUACAUCUGACACUGUGCAGACAUACAACUUCUCUGAAAACAUCAGUGAGAGACCUUUCUGCUCAGAGAGAAUGGUUACUGAAAAUGUCAUAAAAUCAGAGGAAAACUGUGUGAAAGAUAUGAUACGACCAAAGAGGACACGUUACAAGGCCAUAGUUAUGCUGACAUUUUCAGUAGAUGGAUUCAGUUGUGCAAAGAGCAUAGCAUCAGCACUGAGAAAAAAGCGUAUAGGAGUUUUGAUACUAGAUGAACACCGUAAUCGUCUAGUUUCAAAUCCUGAAUUAUUUAUAACAGAAUUCUUUCCACAGGUAAACUAUGUAAUCCCAAUAGUGACUAAAGGUUACUUGGAUGCGUUGACUGCUGAGUCAUUGACUGAAGGUCCAUUAACUUCUUGUAUAGAUGCCCGUUAUGUGAAAUUAAUAUACACAUUGAUGGUUAAUCAGUACAUAAAGAGUGGUUGCAUUAAUCUGAAAGUACGGUGCAUCAUACCAGAUGGCUGUGAGUGGCUUAUGCAGGAGCAUCCAGUUGUAUGUAACCGCCCUGUGCUGCAGGCAUGGCUGCCCGAAGAUGAGAUAGAAGUUCUAGCAGACUCAAUCCUUUCUACUUCAAGACCUCAUUCUGAGGAGUGAAACAUACUGCAUAAAGAACAAUAUAAUUAUGAAGAUAUAUUUACUGCAAAAAGUGCAAUUGUAGGCACAAGUGUUUAUAAGAGUAUUUCUUUUGUAAAGGUUUAUCAGUAAAUAAAGCACAAUUUGUUAAAAAAUGCA